AUGAAAUCUCAUUCCUAACAUGAAAAUGGAACUUUUUAACAAUUGGGUCGUUUGAGAAUACCAAAAGUACUCUUUUUGCCAGGUGAGCCUAUGGCCAAAUAACGAAUUGCUUCUCUUCCUUCAAGUCCUGUAAAAGGAAUUCCAAAUUAAGCUGAUGUUUAAGAGAAGUUAAAGAUAUUACAAGCUGAGAGAGAGGCUAAAUAGAAGUUGUAAGAACAAGAAAUGUUUGAAAGAGACAAAAGAUGUUCAUUUAACAGAUAAGCUCACAUUAUAAACAAGUUGCAUAAUGUCGAACAGUAGUUAGACAGAUGGAAGAAGACUCGACAUAAUAUUGAAUUGUAAGUUGUUAGAGUAGCAAAAGUGUUAACAAAACCAAGAUGAGCUAGAUGAUCGAAUCUCAAUAAAAGACUGCACUUGAAUUUCACCGUUCAAUUUAACAAAGAAACAAGAGUUACUCUGAGUUUGAACAUAGAAGUGCUGGAAUCUAAAUUAAUCAUGAAAUUUUUUUAAGGAGAAAGGAUAGGGAGAGGGAACGAACUUAAUUGGUUAAUUAAACUAGAUAUAGGAAUAAUGUCGAUUAAGUAUUAUCUUAUUUAUAUUUAAGAUCGAUAAAAAUGUACGAAUUAUGCAGAAAAAAUAUAGAACUGAAAAAAAGUGUUUUGCACUUCGAAAACCUUUAUAUAAUAUUAAUGAUCUUAAAAAUUAUUCUCAUUUCUUAUUAUUUUGA